AUGUCGGAUUUAUCCGGGUGUAACCUACACAGUGCUUCUGAAUACGGGGACGUGUGGAAGGUGCGAACGCUGGUGAAGUCGGCUGACGGAAGGCUUGCUUUGAAUAGCGUUCAGGAUGCAGGGAGAACCCCUCUACAGCUUGCAUCCCGCGAAGGCCACGUGCUUGUCGUGGAGGAACUGGUGGCUGCUGGUGCCGAUGUCAACUUCCGUAGCCCCAACGACGGUCGCCAUGCCAUACAUCUUGCUGCCGGCAAGGGGCACAACACGGUGGUGAACAUCCUGUUGGAGGCGGGGGCGGAAGAGGAUGCCGGCAGAGGAUUGUCCUCGACAUGGACAGUUGGGGCCAAUCUGAAAACCCCGCUGGUGGAAGCAAUCGAGAAUGGUCACUUUCCCGUUGUGCAAACACUGCUCUCCAAAGGCGCCGAUGCAACACUUGAUGUUGGAUGUAGUAUGAGAGACCUCGGAGACAUGUCAUUGCGCCCCAUUGACUUUGCUGCACUGCGAGGAGACAAUGAUAUCAUGACUGCCCUUUUGAGCGACAUUGACGGAGACUGUUUCCUCGAAUUCACCAUCAUACUGGCGUGCCGCAGAGGUCACUUUGCCGUGGUGAAGACUCUUCUAGACAAUGGUUGUGACGUCAAAACCAGCCAAUUCGAUUUUGACCAGCCACUCAUCUGUGCUGCGGGCGGUGGACAUGAUGCAAUCGUGACUCUACUACUCGAGAACGAAGCGGACCCGAAUGAAGUCAGGAUGGAUGGCGAAACGCCGCUGUCAUCGGCCAUGCGCUUUGGUCAUGUUCGCAUCAUAAAGGCUCUGUUAAACGCUGGUGCCGAGCGCGAGUACGAUUAUAGCGCUACGAAGACUAAGGCGGUGAUGGAGGCCAUUCUCGACAGCGGCGCAGAGCCAGACGAAGAAGAGCUGGGAUAUUUGCUCUCCGUCGGCGUGUGCAAAACAAGCACGCUCGAGAACAUGUACGACGCUCGUCUCAUGCUCCUGCAACGUGGAGCACCGGUCAACUUUUGUUCGUAUGGCGGACAAACGCCUCUCCACCACAUAAUGAACCGUGGGAGCUGCGUACCUUCUGUCGUGGAUCUUCUUCUCCGCUGGGGGGCGGACGAGACCAUGAAGGAUGAGAGGGGCAAAACUCCCGCCGAUUACCUCGGCCGCAUCCGGAAUCUCGAUCCAGCUGUGGCUGAGCGCGUCCGCCACCUCCUGGUGAACGCUCCCAAGGACAGAGCAUGGCGUCGCCGGGGAUGGCUCGUCAUGCUUCGUGCGCACACGCUGGCGGCGGGGGAACCUGUGGACAUCCCCGAGCCGAAAAAAAGAGGGGGUGGGGGUGGAGUCUGCCCACUCAAAUUUGUGUUAUCGCUGAAUGAGGAUGCAGUGUUCCGUGAGGUUGUGGCUUUCCUGUGA